AUGUGUUCGUUCGGUCGCUGGUUAUGUCGUGAGAAGGUGUUUGCUUCGCUUCCCACUUGCUUUCGACAAUCGAUAGCCUGGGCUUCGCAUAAGUCAUCAAAACAAGGAAAACCAUUGAGUGGACAGGUUGCUUUGGUAACCGGUGGUGCGCGAGGUGUUGGUAGAGGUAUAGCAUUGCAGCUAGCUGAAGCUGGUGCAACGGUAUAUAUUUCGGGACGGAAACCGGGUUCUCCUGCCACUAUACCUACUUUGCAUGAUACCAUUAAUGAAAUUUCAAGCAGAGGUGGUAAAGCCAUUGCAGUUUACUGCGAUCAUAGUAAAGAUGGUGAAGUUAAAGAACUUUUUGAAAGAAUUGUGAAAGAUGAGAAGAAUCGAUUGGAUGUGUUGGUCAAUAAUGCUUUUUCAGGAGCCGCUGCAAUGGAAAAAAGUGUCGGCAAAAAAUUCUUCGAAUGUCAUCCAUCAUUUUGGGAUGAAAUAAAUAAUGUUGGUUUGCGAAACGUUUAUAUUUGCUCAGUAUUAGCUUCACGCAUUAUGGUUCCACGCCAAAAAGGAUUAAUUGUGAAUAUCAGUUCAGCGGCUGGCGUGCGAUAUUUUUUUAAUGUACCCUAUGGAGUGGGUAAAGCUGCUAUCGAUAAAAUGUCCGCGGAUAUGGCCGAAGAAUUGAAACAUUAUAAAGUGGCGGUGGUAUCAUUAUGGCCUGGAACAGUAAAGACUGAAAAAUCAUACGAUUGGUUGCGGUCUGGAAUGCUGAGUAAACUUACGAAAAUACCUCAGGCUCAAAUAGAGCGUAUGAUAGAAAGAGGAGAAACUCCUGAAUUUGUUGGACGAGGCGUGGUAUGCUUAGCUUGCGAUUAUCAAAUAUUAAAAAAAACUGGAUGUGUACUUUUAACGGGUGAUUUAUGCAAUGAAUAUAUGUUUCUUGAUAAUGAUGGAAAAAUCCCUUCAAAUAUGAGGAGUGUAAGCGUUGCAUUGGAUUUCUUCGGAUUCACAUCAGCAGCGAAAUUAAUACCAAGCUUCUUGAAAAUUCCAGCCACAUUUCUUCAUUUGUCAUCCAAUAAAUUUUAUAAGCUAUAA